AUGGACGCCAGCACGCAUCCUCCAUAUCUUCUACAGCAAGUUCGACAUCUCCUCUUUCUGCUUCUACCACAGCUACUUCCCUUUGGUCCGAUGCGCCGAAUCCCGAAAGUCGAUCCUGUCCACCCUCUGAGACCAAUAACACUCCGCCACCACCAUGCCGACCGCGGUCUUCGUCACACCGCCUCGUUUCGAGUAUAACACUGCCUGAGAUAUUAUUGCUCACUGAAUCUGUUUUCGUCAAGCCUCAUAUUCCUGAUGGCAUAUCUCUUCGUAACUUCGGCACACAAGUGCCCAUAUACGCUACUCUUACUGUACUCCCCUAAUGGCGCGACACGUGCGGUGUGCGAUUAUGCUGAGCGAAUCAAGCAGGCUAUUGAAACCAAAGCUAUUGAGCGCAAUCAGGGCAUGCCUCUGGAAGCCGGAAGGACUUCUGGGGGAUUCUUGAACGGCACUCUCGCUUACAACGUAUUUGUCAUCACUGAUCCUUUCGAAGUCUUUGAGCGCGACUAUCCUGAUCUUGUCGCCCUGGACACCAAUGGUAACCCAGUUCAUCACAUAGAUUUUAUGGCACGCGAAAAGGAGGAAAUGAGGCAAUUGACUCAAGCAACCCAGAUCUGUGAUAAUCUCUGGCUAGGUAAUACUGCGGAUGUUCCGUUGGCGGACGUUAACUCUUUGGCGGAGAUCGAUCCUUUUGAUUCGUCCCAAAAUCCCUCCGACAUGCCGAAGAACAUAUUGCGAGACUGGACGUGGCUUGGGUGAACCGAACUUCUCCAGGCAGGGUGGCUUCGCCUCCCCCCAGAGUUUCUUCACCUCAACCAUUGUCUCCGUCAAACCGUAGCGCUUCUCCAUCCAGUCCCACACUGUUAAGUCUGAGUAACCUUCAUGUCCAUACUGGUUCUCCUCUUCGUUCCUCAUCUCGUGAUACGAUUGUGCGAUCUC